AUGGAAGGCUUCAAUGCUAACCACUACACCAACGGCGCCUGUUUUCGCUCUUCGAUGCAGUGUGUAUUCAGCCGCCGGACCAGUGCGAUAUUGGAAGUCAAGGGCACCGAGGCCUCGCAAGCUCCCGCCCUCUUCCGACCCCGGCGGCCCCGAGCCAAUGCGGCAGGGCCAGUGUUUGUGGAUCACGUCUGGCUGGCAGUGCGAGCUCUCGGCGCGGCUCCAGCGCCGGGCCGGGCUGCCGAAUCGGCCGGGCUGGAGUACAGAAUGGGCCAAGCGAGGUUUCUGCCCAGAGGCCCCCCUUCACAGCUGUGCGGUGAAGGGCGGGCGGGGGCCCAGGAAGGGCCGCCGUACUCGAGGCCGGCCCAGGCAAUGGAUGCCGCCGAAGUCGCGAGGGGUCAUCGAGAGGAUGGAGGGAACGAGAAAGAGCGUGGCACAGCAAGCGGCUUCCUGCGGAGGAGACAUCGCUUCCUGGAAGAGCCCCAGAGGACCCUCACAGAGCUACGCUUCUCGAGAGAUGUAGACAGCGAGUAUUCACACAUAGAGGGGAUGUAUGGCUGA